GGAGGAGGAGGCGGAGAGCGGGCACAGCGGCCAUGGAACCACCCGGCGGAUUGCCGCCGGACAGGGAUAGGCAGCUGGUGCUCCGGAAUCAGUCGGCGGCCCUUGUGCCCGUGGUGGUUUCCGCACCACCACCAGCACCACAACCACAACAAGCCACUGCAACCACGGGGCCAUCAACCACGCCCACUCCACAGCCCAGCAAGCCAACCAGCCUGAGUCUUCAGCCGCAUGGAGCCCUGCUCCAGGCCAUGCAACAGUUAUCUCCGUCGGCCGGCGGUGGCAACAACAAUGCCGCCACCGCCGUUGCCACCGCCACGAGCAGCAGCAGCGGGAAUGCCAACAGCGGCACCAGUCCCGCCCUGGCCUCCACCGCCACAGCCAUAUCGGCGACCACCCAGGCAGCCACUGCCUUCAGCGGCAGUUCGGUGGGUCACCACCACCUGCAGCACCACCACCAGCAGCAUCCGCAUGCCCCGCAACAGCAACCGAGCACAGCGGCUGUGACACAAGCCCACCAUCACGGUUCCAUAUCCGUCACUGGGUCGUCGUCGGGCGGCGGCGGACUCAUCGGUUCCAGUGGCAGCAGCAGUGGCAACCAACAGCAGGCCAUCGAGAAGCUAUCACGACCCAUGGCCUUCGAUAAGAUGGAAAUGUUGGUGCGAGAGAUGCAGGACCAGGAACAUGGAGUGCCCGUGAGGCAGCAGAAAAUGUUUCUGACAUCCAUACCAUACGCGUUUAUGGGAUACGAUUUGAUUGAGUGGCUGAUGGACCGCCUGCAGAUCGAGGAGUCGGAGGCCCUGAACAUCGCCAAUCAGCUGUGUCUGCACGGCUACUUCUUUCCGGUGAACGACUCGAAGACGCUGACCGUGAAGGACGACUCGUCGCUGUACCGAUUCCAGACGCCCUACUACUGGCCCUGGCAGCACAAGGCGCCGGACAAUGUGGAGUAUGCCAUCUAUUUGGCCAAACGAUCGCUGCGCAACAAGCAGCGCCACGCAUUGGAGGACUACGAGGCCGAGGCGCUGGCCUCGCUGCACAAGAAUCUGAAGGGCAAGUGGGACUUCAUCUCGAUGCAGGCCGAGGAGCAGGUACGGCUGGCCAAGGAGCGCAAGAAGGGCGACAAGAUUGUGGGAGACUCGCAGGAGCGGGCCUAUUGGCGAGUCCACCGUCCACCACCUGGCCAAUUCACGCCGUUGGAACCGUGUCCAGUGCCUUCGCGCGAUCGUCAGGGCCUCAAGCCCAAUAAAAAAAAGACUGUCGAUGAUAUGCAGCGCGACGUUGAUUAUCUGAGCAAGUCGCUCAAUCGGACGCGCAUGAAGAUGUCGCAGGCCUGCGAGUCGCUCGUCUGCUACUCGGAGACCUUCUCCGAAUACGACUUCUUUCUGCAGCCGGCCCUGCCCUCCAAUCCGUGGGUGACCGAGGAUAUCGCCUUUUGGCAGCUGAACAACACCUUCGUCGAUAUUCCCACGGAGAAGCGCGUCAAGCGCUGGGCCAUUUCCAUCGAGGAGCUCGUCUCCGAUCCGACGGGCCUGCAGGAGUUCACCGGGUUCCUCGAGAAGGAGUAUUCGCACGAGAACAUACGCUUUUGGAUAGCGGUCAAUCGAUUGCGGCGAUCGGCUCACUCCCAGGUGGCCAGGAAGGUCAACGAGAUCUACGAGGAGUUUUUAAAGCCGGGAGCACCGUGCGAGAUAAACAUUGAUGGCAAGACCAUGGAGAGCGUGCUGCGGGGCCUGAAAAAUCCAUCGCGAUUCACCUUCGACUCCGCAUCGGAGCACAUCUACAUGCUGCUGCUGAAGAAGGACUGCUAUCCGCGAUUCAUUCGAUCGGAGCACUACAAACGGCUGCUGGACACCGGCAUCCAGCCGUCGUACAAGAAGCGCUUCUUCAACUUUGGCGGCGUUAGCGGAGCCAAGAAGAAAAUGACAGCGGCCCUGAGUAGCCAGCCGAAUUUGGGUGAUGCGGCCAAGGGAACGAGUGGGGGAGCCGGCAGCUCCAUGAUGCAGGCACCGCCGCCCGGGAAUCUGGCCCGGCGACGAGGCAGCGAUCGCAGCCUCACCGGAUCCGCCCACGAACUGGCCGUCAUCGGGGUGAACAAGGAUGCCGGCUCCAAGGUACCGCACUCUCAUUCCCAGAGUAAUCUCAGCGAAAUUCCCUUCAGUAGCGAUUCGAUUUACCGGGGCGAUAUGCCACAACGCCACAUGGCGGUCAUGGAUAUUGGGAUCUAUGCGGCCUACGGGAAUCGCGAAAGUAGUUUGCAGGCACUUCCAGAAACGCCAAAGACGAAGACGACCACCGCCACCGCCCUGGAGACAACGGAGUCCACGUCGUCCUCCACAGCUCUCGUUGUGGCGGCCAGUGCCAGUGCCGUCUGCCCGUGGGACGAACCAGACGAGCCCGAUCCGCCCCCUGCGCCAUCGAUGCAGGUAAAGCUGUCCGUGUGUCCCUGGGAACUGGAUAGUGCCGCAGAGCCACCGGCAGCAGCGUCUCCUUCGGCCACAGGAGGAGGACAGUCGAAGAUCUCAAGUUCCACCGGUCAGUCACUCCGAUUGAAUAGCACUUCCUCGGACAACAGCGAUGUGAAUGACCGGAUGCAGCGGAAUCUGGGCAUUCGCCAUCAGAACACCGUGGACAGCGGGGAGGCGGGCAUAAAGCGUCUGAUUCCCAACUUUUCAGAGCAGCGUCGGGCUUCGGUCUCAUUUACUCCCAGCCCCACUCCGGAUUUCCAGCUGGGACGAACGGUGGCUCCAACGACAACCAGCUCCUCCUCACCCACUGUGGUGACCAAGGAUCCGCCCUCCGGCUCGGAUGUGGAUGCGGAACUGGACGAGGAACUGAGCAAGCUAGCCCUUGGCGAGUCGGAGCUGCCGCUUUUGGUAGUACCCACCCCCACGCAGAGCCCGCCGCCCAUAGCCAAGAUUACGCCGCCGCCGCCGCCGGAUCAAGGCGAGGAUCAGGUGGCGACCACCACCGAGUCGACAGAGACACCGGAGACCUCCUGCUCGACGCAAAGCAACGCAGUGAAGGAGGUAACGGCGGUCAAAGAGGUCCAGAUUGAGCUGAUCGAGGAGGGGGGCCACACAGAGGGGCCAGGAAGUCCGCCCACCAUUAAAGUCCUGGAGCUGGAAUUGACCCAGGUGCCUGCUGAGGAGGCAGCAGGCGAGGACAGCACAACUACCACCAGCGCCACCGAGAAUCAGAAUCAGAAUCCAGUGAUGGCCAACGAAAGCACAGAAAUAGAAGCGCCGCUGGUUUUGGACGAGCUUUCACCCACCACCGACGAGUACCAGGAGGGACUGCAGUUUGGGAGCGAUGCCAAGGAUGCCGUCGACGACUUCGACAGCAUAGACGUGGGCUACAUACCGCCGGCACCCACACCGGCUCCAUCCAUGGCGCCGCUGGCCGAGCUGGACGUGGAUACGGUGGACGAUGAGCCGUUCCCAGAGUCGCAAGUCCCCGUUCCCGUUCCUCCCAGCAGCAGUAGCAGCAGCAGGGAAAUGGUACUGGCCUCGGCCUCGGUAUCCGUAACGGCCACGCCCACAUCCAGCAACGAAGAGGCGCGCCGGAGGCGGAAGAAGCGGAAUUCGGAGGGCAAGAAACUUAGCUCCUCGCAGGACGAAAAGGAGAAGGCCAGCGGCAGCAGCAUGGAUGCCGAUCACAAUGCAGUGUGUCCCUGGGAAGACGAGAACGUCACCACCAACGAUGGAACCUUCGUGAAGACAUAUGCCACACUGGGAUACUUAUGAAUAAAACCAAAUCUGUUCAAGACGGUGGUCAACAAGUUGCUGAAAAGGAAGCCAUACAAGAAGUAAGGCCUGGGUUAGCUAAGUUUAUUAUACGGAGUAUCUAUUAUAAUACGUACAUGCAAACAUAUUAUGUAAAUGUAAGUAUUUAAAUCGAUAAAUUGAUAAAUUGAUUAUGAGUGUAUAUGUAAAUGUUAAAUGCUUCUCAUGUUCUUGAAAACCACCAACCAAUAAGGCACCCAGUGGUUUGUUGCUGAAAUUUUCAAAAAUACGAAAACGACAAAUGAAAAUGAACGGAAAACGGAAAACGGUCUAUGAAUGCUACAAACAAACAACAAAAAUAUAUAUACUUUAUCUACAGACAUACAUACUUAUUUACAAAUCGAGGUGGCUAAGGUGGCUAAUUAGAAUUACGAACGAAAAACAAAAAACCAAAAAACAAAAAAGGAGAAUAAUGUGUUAACAGUUGAAUUAACUCCAGUCGAAAUAAUGCCGCCUUCUGAUCAGUUGUAAAAUCGAAAUACUUAUAUAAACGGAGCUUAGAGAUUCGGCGGCAGACAUACUUUAAUGUAUACAAUGUAUAUGAUCUUUCUGCGCAUAAGAAACAAUUUUCCAUAGUUCAUUCAAAAGCUAAAUGGCCAUGGCCCCUUUUUAAAGUCUAGACACAGUAAAUAAAAGCAAGUUAUAGCCAAGUUCGCGAAUAAUAGUCCCGAAACCGAACCCCAAAAAAUAAAGUAAAGUUUAGGGGGAACAUGAAUUUUCUGCAAUAACAAUGACUUCAGGUUAUAUAAAGUUAUAUAGUCGUUGGUAUAACAGGGAAUUUGUGAGAUUUUACCAUUAGGACAGAUUGAGAAGAGUUGGUGAAGGGCGGGUUAUUGGAAAUACCUGCGAUUGGGGACAAUAUACCAAGCUAUACUCUUUGAAAUUCGACCUACCUUUGCCCUUUGCCAACUCAAAAAAGCAUGAUGAUCCAUUUAGUUGGUAGUACAAUGUGUUUAGCCGGAUGUAACAUGGCCUAUAUACUCUUCUAUGUUUAUCCAUGCCUCCGAAUCAGCCACAAAAAAUCCCUUGGAUUAUAUUAAAUGCACAAGUUGCUGCGCAAGUAGUUCCCACUUGAUUUUAAAUUGUAACUUUUAAAUUCAUUUGCUUUAUUCAUUUCUCGCUUCGAUAAUUAAAGACCGUUUCAUUUCACGCGUACAUGCCAGAACUCACGAGCCCCAACUUGAUGUGCAGUGAAAAUGAAACACUACUAUUUAGGAGGAUACAAUUUUUAAGUCUACCAAUGUCCGUAUAAAAAGCCUCUUAGUUAUUUUUGGAAGAAAAAAAAUCCAAACUGACUUGCGCGAAUAACUUGUGCGUUUUAAAUUACACACUGUCCUAAAGACUACUUAGUAAUUUUCUCUAUUUGACUAGAAAUGUAUUGAGCUGCCCGCCCAAACAAUCGCAGAAAUCGAGCUAUGCUGUAUAACACUAACAACUUAAAGUCAACAUCGAUGGGAGUGAACCGUGAUGGCCCCCUGCAUCUUUAAGAUCAAAUUACUGUUCAAUUCGAACGUGUUAACCUUACAAAAAACAAAAACACAAAAUAACAAGAAAUGAUUAGAAAAUCAAAUUAAGAUGAAAUCCUGGUUGUUCGCGACUAAUACCUUUAUAUGAAUCGAAAGAAGAUAACUUAUCGAAGAACUAUUACAAUCUAAGUAUAUUUAUAUUUUCAUUGUGCAUAUGAAUUAGCUACUUACUGUCGAACCCGUUUUGCUGGUAAACAAUCUUUGUAUCGGAUAUCUGAAUUCUCUUUGUGCUUUCUAUGCUAAAAAAAAAACCAAAACCAAAUACAUUUUUCAAACUACUUCAAUUAAAAACGCAAAACCUAAACUCUAAAACGAUAUAUGUACCAAAUGUUGUACCAAAAUGAGCAGAGUUACAUACAUAAAAUGCCGAAGACCUAAGCAGAUAGCAGAUCGAUGAAAAUGUUGCAUAGAUAUUAUGAAACGAGGAGGGAUACAUAUAGAGAAGUAGGAUCGAGAUGAGAUGUGCCGUGUGUAGGGCGUGCGUACAAAAAUAUGUACAUGAAACCACCGUUAACUUUGCUUAAUGCGAGCCGAGCAAUUAAAGAGUUAAAAAAUAAAUACAAAAUAAAAAAUAAAAGAAAAAAAAUAUAAAUCAGCAGCAGCAAUAGUUCCAAAAUUGUUGUCAAAAUAUAAUAGCAGCUUUUAGAACAACACCAAAGGAAGUUGUAGUAAAUGCGGAGGAAAAUUGUAUUGUUGUUGUUUUUUAUGUACAUUUACUUUUUUGUAUUACCGUUGUUGUAAGUCAAAUAUGCCAAAAAGAAUAGUUUAUUAAGAGUUUACAACAAAAUUAAAGUGCAGGCAAGAUAUGAAUUACUUUAACGCAAAUCGCAAGAAAAAGUUCCGAAUGUUUUUAGUAGUCAAUGGUGAAUAUCUUUUAAUUGCUUAUACUAAGAGUUCCCAUACAUAUUUAUGGGAUCCUUGCCGAAACGGAAACGGAAACAGAAAUCUUAAAUGAAUAAAACAAGCGCGGCUGUCGACUUUACUUUUCCCCGGUACUCAAAAAAAAGAAAAUACAAUAAGUUAUUAACUUAAAAAAAUAUAGCACAAAGAGUUUAAAAGAUGAAAUAACAUGUUGUUAGAUCGUAUUCAAUGGUUACCUGAUUUUAUAUGCGUUGGCACAUAGACAAUUUAUUAAUUAUCCAAGAUCUACAGAUUUACUCAAAUAUAUUCAGCACUCUGAAAGAAAUUGUCCCAAGCAUAAAAGUUCACAUUCAUCUUAUUUUAAAAUUUAAAAUUAUUUGAAAUUUUAAUAUCAAAUUUGAAUGUCUCCUAUUUUCUGGGAAAUACUUUAACAAUUUUAAAGAUCCGUUUCAAAAAUUCCUGAUACAUUUUCAGAAAAAUAUUUUCUUAUUAAAAAAUAA